AUGGCACACGACCACACCCGCGACGCUGCUCCAGCAGCAACAGGCCAUCACAUGCCCGUCAUCUUUCAAGUCUCGACCUCGACCCCUCUCUUCUCGACGGCGGAGCCCAGUCAGGCGAUCUACGUCGGCAACUGCAUCCUCCUCGCCUUUAUCGCCCUGACGCUACGAUCCCUCCUCGCCGUCAAGCCCUUUCUCGAGAACCGGCUGUGGGCGAAGCGCAAAGCGCAGGCGGCGAGGGCGCAGGUCGGGGAGGAAUUGCAGCGGCUGAACAGCGAGGAGGACGGCGCCGGCGAGGCGCCGAAGCCGGAGCGCUCGCUGCGGUCCAGGGAGAUGGGGCCGCUCAGGACAACGGCGCGCUCUCGGGCGAUGGGCCUCCUGAUCAGAGCGGGCAGGGCGUUUUUCGAAGUCGGCAUUGCCAUGUUGGGGUACCUGCUGAUGCUGGCGAUCAUGACGAUGAACGCGGGCUAUUGUGCAUCAGUAUUGGGAGGCAUCUUCUUGGGGACGUUCCUGUUUGGCGGUGGCAUCGGCGAAGAACAGUUUGACCAUUGCUAG